GGGCUGCGGGCGUGGCUGAGGCGAGCGCAGCGGACGCGCGUCUUGAGUGAAAAGAAGGAGGGGCACCAGGAGUGACGGUGCGAGAGCCGCUUCCAGCCUCGGACCGGAGUCGGUGGCUCGGGCCCGAGGACAAGGUGGGCUAGAGGCCAGAUCCGCUUCCCGGACCCUCCGACGCGGUCCCAGCCCGAGCGGCAGCGGUUCCUGGCGAGGUGGGAAGGCGCUGCCAAACCCCAGCAAGGGAAAAUGUUCAACGUGGAGUCGGCGGAACGGGUGGAGCUGUGCGAGAGCCUUCUUACUUGGAUCCAGACAUUUAAUGUGGAUGCACCAUGCCAGACCGUGGAAGAUUUAACGAGUGGGGUUGUGAUGGCCCAGGUUCUUCAAAAAAUAGAUCCUGCAUAUUUUGAUGAAAAUUGGCUAAACAGAAUCAAAACAGAAGUGGGAGAUAAUUGGAGGCUAAAGAUAAGCAAUCUAAAGAAAAUUUUAAAAGGAAUCCUGGAUUAUAAUCAUGAAGUUUUAGGACAGCAAAUUAAUGACUUUACCCUUCCUGAUGUGAACCUUAUUGGGGAGCAUUCUGAUGCUGCAGAGCUCGGAAGGAUGCUUCAGCUCAUUUUAGGCUGCGCUGUGAACUGUGAACAGAAGCAAGAGUACAUCCAAGCCAUUAUGAUGAUGGAAGAAUCUGUUCAACAUGUUGUCAUGACAGCCAUUCAAGAGCUGAUGAGUAAAGAAUCUCCUGUCUCUGCUGGAAAUGAUGCCUAUGCUGACCUUGAUCGCCAGUUGAAGAAGACUACAGAGGAACUGAAUGAAGCUUUGUCAGCCAAGGAAGAAAUUUCUCAGCGAUGCCAUGAAUUGGAUAUGCAGGUCGCAGCAUUGCAAGAGGAGAAAAGUAGUCUAUUGGCCGAGAAUCAGGUAUUAAUGGAAAGACUUAAUCAAUCUGAUUCCAUAGAAGAUCCUAACAGUCCAGCAGGAAGAAGGCAUCUGCAGCUCCAAACUCAAUUAGAACAGCUCCAAGAAGAAACAUUUAGACUAGAAGCUGCCAAAGAUGAUUAUCGGAUUCGCUGUGAAGAGUUAGAAAAGGAAGUCUCUGAACUUCGGCAGCAGAAUGAUGAGCUAACCACUCUGGCAGAUGACGCUCAGUCUCUGAAAGAUGAAAUAGAUGUUCUUAGACAUUCUUCUGAUAAAGUGUCUAAACUAGAAGGCCAAGUGGAAUCAUAUAAAAAGAAGCUAGAAGACCUUGGUGAUUUGAGGCGGCAGGUUAAACUCUUAGAAGAGAAGAAUACUAUGUACAUGCAGAACACUGUCAGUCUAGAGGAAGAGUUAAGAAAAGCCAAUGCAGCUCGAAGCCAACUUGAGACAUAUAAGAGACAGGUAGUAGAACUGCAAAAUAGAUUAUCUGAAGAAUCGAAGAAAGCAGAUAAAUUAGAUUUUGAAUAUAAGCGGCUAAAAGAAAAAGUUGACACUCUUCAAAAAGAAAAGGAUAGGCUGAGAACGGAAAGGGAUUCUCUGAAGGAAACCAUUGAAGAGCUGCGCUGUGUGCAGGCUCAAGAGGGGCAGCUCACAACUCAAGGGUUAAUGCCUCUGGGAAGUCAGGAAUCUUCAGACAGUCUGGCAGCAGAGAUUGUUACACCUGAAAUCAGGGAGAAACUUAUUCGUCUUCAGCAUGAGAAUAAGAUGUUAAAACUGAACCAGGAGGGUUCAGACAAUGAAAAAAUUGCCUUAUUGCAGAGCCUGCUGGAUGAUGCAAACCUGCGCAAGAAUGAACUGGAGACAGAGAAUAGGCUGGUGAAUCAGAGACUUCUGGAAGUACAGUCACAAGUUGAAGAACUGCAGAAAUCUUUACAGGAUCAAGGAUCAAAGGCAGAAGAUUCAGUUCUUCUAAAAAAGAAACUUGAAGAACAUCUAGAGAAGCUGCACGAAGCCAAUAAUGAAUUGCAGAAGAAGAGAGCCAUUAUUGAAGAUCUUGAACCCAGAUUUAACAACAGCUCCUUAAAAAUUGAAGAAUUACAGGAAGCUCUACGGAAGAAAGAAGAGGAAAUGAAGCAAAUGGAAGAGCGCUAUAAGAAGUACUUAGAGAAAGCUAAAAGUGUCAUCCGCACUUUAGAUCCUAAACAGAAUCAAGGAGCUGCGCCAGAAAUACAAGCUCUGAAAAACCAGCUUCAGGAACGGGACCGGCAGUUUCAUUCAUUAGAGAAAGAAUAUGAGAAAACAAAGAGUCAACGAGAGAUGGAGGAGAAAUACAUCGUCAGUGCCUGGUACAACAUGGGAAUGACUCUGCAUAAAAAGGCAGCUGAAGACAGACUUGCUAGUACAGGUUCAGGGCAGUCAUUUCUGGCCAGGCAAAGACAAGCAACCAGCACAAGAAGGUCUUACCCUGGCCAUGUUCAACCAGCCACAGCAAGGUAGACAAGUCUUGCUAUUAGAACAAAAAACACCCUGCAUUCAAACAUACUUCUGUUAUCCAUAACACCAUUUCAGGAAAUUCAGCCAGCUAAUUUUUUUUCUGUGUUAUGUUAAUUACUCAUUUCUCAUAUGAGGACUUUCUCUCUGUAUCUAUAAUGUUUUAGUUUCUUGGUCCUUUAUUUUGUAGUCUUUUCAGUUUCUUUUAAUGUGCCAAAAAAUUUUUAAAUGCCCAAUUAAAAGUGUUGUGUAACAGUGUAGUACAUUUCUUUGUAUGAAAACGUCCUUUCCCCAAUGGUGUAAGCUUUGUAAUGAAUUAGAUUUUCUGCCAAUAAUUGAUAUACAAUUUAUAUUCUUUGUUGUGCCUCUGUGUUACCAUGCUUUACAAGAAUGUCUUUGUUUAAAGGGAAUUAAUCUUUAUAUGAUGUAUUAAUCUGUGUUUUUGAUUGUUUUCCAAAUGCACUUCAAGUAACUUGCAUAUUUACUAUAUAAAAUGAAUGGUUGGCAAGUGCACUUUUUGCAAAGACAUAAAUACAUCGGCAGAGGUGCUAAGUAGACCUUACUGAGGGCACCUGAUAGAGUUAUUUAGAGGGAAAAAAUUAGUUUUCACGUUGUUUUAUAGGAAAUUAAAUUUGUUCGAAGAUUUGGAAACUAUUUUUAAAACAUAAAUACAUAGAAUUUUAUUAUUUCCUGCUAUCUUGUUACUGGCAGAAGUGAAUGCAUUGGUUAGGUUAUUUAGGGGGUAAAUUACAGAAGAGAAAAAAAAUCAGGCAGUGCAUUAGUUUUUCCUUGUUUUGGAAUAUCACAGUACCUGAGAAUCAAAUUCUGGCAGUGUGGCUGGUACUCAUAGUCUCAGUUGACCUCCACAUCUCAGAGACCUAGUCUUCAUAUGCUUACAAGUAAUAGGUAGCAGGACCUUCAGAGCCACUUGCUUUUUGACUUGCAUCUCAAUUGUUUUACUUACUUGUUACUAUAAGUACUUCUAUUUCUCAAUAUUUCCUAAUAUUACUUAACAUCUUAAUAUCAGUCAUUGAGAUCAAUAAGUGACUUCUUACAUGUGAUGUCGUGAUAGGUCUCUUUUACAUUUUUUCUUAAUUCUAUGUAUUAGUCCAAGAAUUUGCUACUGAACAGAUUCUCUUAGGUAUUUGUUUGCAUCAGGAUGCUUAGAUAUGUUGAUUGUAAACCAUGUUUACUUACAUUGAUGAAUGGUUGUCGAGUAAUAAUGAUUGUAAAGCACUUUGACUAUAUAAGGUGCUAUAUAAAUGUAAAAUAUCAUUUAUUUGAAAAUGAAAUGCCUCUGCCUGACUUUACAUGUUGAGUUAAAUAUUUGGGCCCUAUUUGUAUUUAAGUUUCCCUCCAGCCUUUUUCUUGCACCCUGUAGCCCAUUUUGUUAAAAAGCAAAACAUUACUUAAAUUAGAUCAAUUUUUGUUUGUUUUUGUUUUUAGAUAGGUCAUCCAAUAAGAGGAUUUUAUUUCAUUUCACUUGCUGUUUAGAAGUUCAGGUUUCAUUUAGUUUUGUAUAUUAAAUAUAAAUUAGUAACUUUAAAUCAAGCUAAAUGUAAUUGAGAAUUUUCAGAAACUAUAUUCAUAUGUUUGAUUUUAAAUUCUUCCAUUUUUAUAAGAAAAUUGACCUAAAAAUAAGGAAUGUUUUCAUUUGUCCUCAGAAGUCAGACUUGAAGGAAGUAUUAGAAUAUACACAGAAAUUACUUCAUGCCUUGUGCUAAUUUUACAUUAAGAACAGAAAUCUAAGCGCAGUGUGAGUGCUUCUGCCUGAAAUGACCGUAAAGCAGGAGGAAUUAGUAAUAAUGGAGAGAACCAUGUGAGCAGAGUGCAUUGUGGGGUUUCAGGAGGCUAAGCAGACCUAAUCAACAUAGAAAAUUUUGACAAUAAGGGAGCAAAAACCAUUUAGGGCAGUUCUUACUCCCAGCCCUCAUUUCACAAAUAGCAUUAGAAGCCAACUGUUUUAAAACAGUGUGAACACUAACCUUGGUAAAAUUCAAAUAAUUGGGAAAUUUUACCCACACAGUAAGGUAGAUGAACAGAAGAGUCUAUGAACUAUUUAUUAAAAGGUUAGUGUCCCAUAAGAUAAGAUAAGAGGUUUUAAUUUUACUUCUUAAAUAUUUGCUGCCCGGUCCUGGUCUCCAGCCCACCCAGCAGCCCAGAUGCACUUCUCUAAUGGGUUGGAGAGGUGCCGUCCUUUUAGAAGGAAGUUUUCCUUAUGCUGCUUCUUCAGCAUCCGUUGCAUGCUAUUAUUUUGGUAUUUUACAUUCAUAACUUUCACUGUCCUUUACCUUUAAAGUUUAGUACGUUACUUUCAUUAUAUAGAAGAAAUUAUAUUACUAACAUUCUAUGAUGUUUUUUUUUAAAAAGACAGGAAUAAAACUUAGCUCUAACGGUGACAACUCUGUUUCCCUUGUCCAGCUUUGGGGAGGAUUUAUGAAAUUUCUCUUUCUUCUGUAAUGAUUAAUAAUUUCCCAGAAAGUGUGUGAUGCCGCACGGUCUGCAGGAAGGUCACGGGCAACGAGCCGCGAGCUGUGCUGCACUUUCACAAACUCCUUAGACACAGGUGCUUCAGGGCACGGUGGGCUGGGGCAGCGGAGCCAGGCCCGGCCUCCUCCCAGGAGGGAGUGCGGUGCUACCGCUGCAUUGGGCCCAGGUGAUCCAUCAGCCCGGUGCCCAGGUUCCUAUAAACAGAAAGCGUUUUUGCUGUUUUCCUUCCAACCAGGGUAAGGAAAUAACAAAGUGAAUAACUAAGGAAUAGUAAAGCAUAACAUUUGUGUUCUGCAGUGUAUAUCUAAGAAGUUCAUAAUGGGGAAAACCAGCAAAUAUUGUAGUUUACCACAUCUAAAAAGAGAAUAAAUAAUACAGUUCUGCUUAACAGAACUUCCAAAAUUUCAGUCAUAUCUUUUUAUAGUUUGCCUAAUCACUUGUUAAUAACCAAGAAAAAGAAGUCCCUAAAUAAAGGACCCAUGUUCCAAAAUUGAUCAAGAUUUAUUUCUAUUAGAUAGCCCUAGCCUAGUGAAAUUGGCUUAAUGGGAUACUUAGAUUGUAAAAGGAAGCAUUGCCUGUAAUGUCAUUGAGGUUUUAUUAUUUUGUUUGUAUAAUAAAAGCUCAAUUGCACAAAAUUAAGCUAAAUGUUGUCUAGCCAGAGACAUAAGCCUAUAUAUAAUUCAUUAGUUUUUGCAAAGGUAUGAAAAUUCAUGCUGUCCAAAUAGAUCAGCAAUAAUUUGUAAGCGGAAGCCAAGUUGUAGACAUUUGAUUUGUGCUCCAGUUUGCUCACAUCUCCUUGUCAAGAACAGUUCUGUCCAGUCUUACUGACUGAUGACAUGAGCUCUUUCUUAGUGUCUCCUGCGCUCAGGUGGGCGUCAUCUUUAAAGAUGGCCAUGUUAAAAACCUGAAAACCUUUACCCUAAUAUAAGAGUUAUCUUAAAACAAAAUUAUAAGUUUUGAAAUUACCUUAACUCUCUGCAUUCAAUCUCCAGUUGUCCAGCUCUCAGACUUCAGGAAUGUUACAAUUGUCCUCAGUUGGAACAUGUGAGUUUUAUCUGAAUCCCCAACCUACAGGUGUAGUACAAAGCCAGCUAGAUCACAGACACGUGGAUCAGAACACCUGUGACCCUGCAGGGACAGCCAAGGACCUGGCGUCUUGCUUUUGCUAAGGGCAAAAUAACAACAUUAAGACAAAAUUUUGUUGUUGUUGUUGUGUGUCCAUUAAACUGUGGAAGGAUAUUUUGACUUUUUAGCCUUGUGUUAUGAAGGGAACCUUUCCCUAGAAAGGCUGUGGAACUGAGUGAUGUAGCUUUGAACUUCUUACCAGCGAAGCCUGUGUGGUACCCCGAAGUAGGAUGAAAGAUUGCACUCAACAGAAGUAAAUGGGGUACCAGAAAUUUCUAAAAUCACUUUAGCGUGUUUUUUAUUUUUCCCUUUUUGUAAGAUAAAAGGGUUUUCCAUUCAGUGGUGAUCGUCUCUCUUGCUGCGGUUCCCACUGGCAGCGGGCAGCUGGUGGCGGUGGUGGUACAGCCCAGCUCCAUCACGUGGAGAGAGCAGUGUCAGCCUGUUCUCUGCCGCUGGACUGAUGGCACUAUUUUAUAUCAUGAGUUUUGAAUGAGGAAGGCUGUUCUCGAUGUAUCUGCCACCCAAGUUUUUACUUUCUAUAAAGCCUAUUUAAAUAAUAAGUGGUGUAAGUUCCUUUCAUUGAAACUUUCGAGAUGGUUUUAUUAUCUAAUUUGAGCACAAUGAUUUUAGGGUCUAAAGUUUCGCAGGAAAUAUUUAUUUCUCAGAAGCCUAAAAAACAGGACAGAAUUUGUUACUAAUGUAGCUAAUUUGUACCCUUCCCCUGUCGCUUCCAUCAUGAAAGCCUAAGUAUUUAGCUUCCUUUUUAUAUAGUGAGGGACAGCGCAGGUGUGGUGACAUCAUUUCCUUCACUCACAUGUAUUAUCUUUUUAAUGUAAACACUUAGGAAACUUGUAUUUAAAUACACUUGAGUUUUUUACAUUGCACUUAAAAUGAUAGAGAAGGGACAUUAGUUAUUGAAAAACUAGAGGCCCAAACCUAGUUACGGCAAGUAUAUGAAGUUUCCUAACAAUUAUCUAUCAGCAAUUAUGUUAUGUCUCUUUUCAGUAUUUUUCUGUUUUUCUAACAUUUGUGAACAAUAUUCUGUAAGAUAAGUUUGUGUGCCAUAUAUGAGCGUAGAAGUCUGAGAAAGUAACAGAACUGCUUCUAAGGCAAGUUCAUUUUCAGAUGGUAGAGUGGAUUAUUGGGAUGAGACAUGGCCUAGUUAUAGAACAUUUCCAGGCAGAUGGAAGUAUAAUACAAUAAAAACUCACACUGUCUUAACAAAUGCUCCUAAAGUAAUAGCUUAUAUAAAAUUUCUGACUUUAUUGUGUGGUUAUUCAAUAAAAAAGAGUAGACAAAACUAUGAUUUAUUUUCUAAUUAUCCUUGCCUUCAAUGGGCAUAAACUGGGCACACCAUAUUAACUGUGUAUAUUGUCAUUGGAGGGGAAAGCACCUGUGUUCAUUUUGAGAAACAGGUGAUUUGAGGUCAUUAAGAAUACUGUGAUUUGAUGAGACUAGACUUUGGGGCUGAAAAUCGCUACCAACUUCCUUCCAGUUACCUUGAUCUGCUGCUUUAGCCAGUUCAUUAACCAUAGGCUCAAAUUUACGCCCCCCUUGAUGAUACAUAGUAGCCCCACAGAAAUAUUUGUUUAAAGUGAAGGCAAAAAUACGCAGUUUAAAAAUACAUACUCAAGGAGAGCCCUUAAGUACCUGAUACAUUUUCCCCAGGCUCUGAAGGAGAUGUUUAGGAUCUGAAGAUGAAGUCAUCAGAGAGGGUGUCCAUGGCCUCAAAGGUUUAGGCUCCUGGGGCUGUCAAACAUCCUGCAUUAUAUCCACUCAGAGCUUAAAGGAAAAGUUAAAUGUCCUGGGAAGAACAAUCUCAAAGUGAGAGAAGCAAAACUACCGAAGCAUGCUGAGGCUUUAAUGAUGUACAGGGGAAACGUCUGAGCUAGCAUUAUCGUCUUGGAGAUUUCUAAAUUGACAAAAUAAUUUAGUUUAGUGUCUGUAUUGUGAAAUUAAUAGAAGGUGUUUAUUCUUGGUGUACUUGUUAACCUAUGGUCAGUGAUUACUGUAUGUACAUUCUGUCUUGUUUAUUUUGUAUAUGCCACUAUUAGAAUUGAGUCUUAAUAUUACUGUUCUAAUCAUUUAUGUAUUAUUUAUAUUUCACUGCAAGAUUCACAGCACUUUACUAAUAUUAGAUGAUUAUUUUCUUUAACUUCCUGUGGCAUGUUUUAUUUCUCUUUCCCAGUGGGGUUCUUUUCCUUAUUUUGGAACAUUCACUAAGAAAAAUGUAAAAGAUUGCCCAAAUAAAUGGGCUUUUUGUACUCUUCCUGAAAUUUUUAAAGUCAGAUCUGAAGUUCUAAGUCUGGAGAUCUAUUUGAAGUUGGGUUGUAAGCAUGAAUUACAUUUUAUAUUUCACAAUCAAACUCUUAUAUAAGUUAAUAACUAAUGAAACGAAGUUCUCUCACAUAAACCCCCUUCGAAUGUUGUUUUCUGGAGUUGGAGCAGUAGAAUGUAAAUAAUCUUCUGGUGAAUCAGAAGAUGUUUUUACCUUUGAUUUUCCUGUUGCCUAGAAUACACCCCUACACACUGUCCUUACCAUUUGUAGUUUCUUCAUCAUUGCAUAUACCCAAAGGCAGGAGAAAGAAAGCCAAGUUCCAUGAGCUACUAAGGCAGAGAAUCUGGAAAGUGGUUGGGGGUGGGGUGAUGGGAAAGGCUGACCCCAAAGAUGGCAGAACAGUACAGAAGAAUUCUUAGUUUUAUUAUAACAGAUAUGCUUUAUGAAGCUGGUCAUUUUCUUGAGUUCAAAUACAGCAAAGUUUUUGGCUUACUAAGGGAUGUUUUUAAGAUUGAGGACUCUGCCAUAUGUAACUGGAAUAUAACAGUAUUCAAAUCAUGGUCAGAAAGUACCAAAAUAUUUGUUGUUACAUAAGCACAGACACAUAUGAUUACUGCCAAACAAUAAGAAGAUUUGCUCAUAAGAAUAUUCUCCUAGUUUUAUAUCAUUUUGUGUCUUCAGGUGAGAGAAAUGUUUUUAUAGUGUGAAAAGUUUCUCUAGUCUUUCUCCUGCAGUCCUCCUGUCUUACUGAUGGGCUUUGCCUAGGCAGGUCCCAGAAGAGAGCAACAUUCAACAUGGAAAAGCAGGUCUAGACCCUGACCUUGGAAAGGAGAGCUGCACUUUGUCCUCCCAAAGCAGAAAAUUACACACGAGCGCGCGUACACGCGAGGACAAACCGUGUUUUGGAUAUCCACUAAUUAGUAGUUGAGUAGAUAGGUUUCCUUCAGAUUGUCUUUAUCAUCCAUUGACCUCUUGUUCAUCUAGACAAGAGUAGAUUUUAGACUUGCCUUGUCCGAUUCAUUAGCUGCUUGACAUGUGACAAUUAAAAUUAAAUUAAAAAUUUGGUUCCCCAGUCACCUAGCCACAGUUGAAGUACUUCAGUAACCACACUUGAAUAUUGGUUACCAUAUUGGACAGAACAGAUUUAGAACAUUUUUGUCACUGCAGAAAAUGCUUUUCGCCACUGCUGUAAUCCCCCAAGGGAAAAUAAGGACAAAACAAAGGUGUUCGAUUCGUGUAAGAUAGCUCUUAGAUUUUACUGCAAUAGUUGAUUUGAAUAAAGCUAUUUUUCUUAUUAAAAUUAACUCCGGCCCUUUUAAAAACCUUGGAAAAAUCAAAACCCCAUUCUUUGACACUAAUUUUCAAUAUAUAUUUUUAAACAGAUUCUCAGCACUUUACUUUUCAAAUAACAUAAUUAAAUCAUUUCAUAAGUCAUAACUUAGUAUCUUUAAGAGUUUUUGUGUAGUGCUUUAACAUUGAUGAUAGUUUACACUUACUGAGCAGAAACUGGUGAAUGCUUAUUUAUAAGUAAAAAUCGAUAAACACCAUAUUCUUCUAUUUGGUUACAUUUAAAUCUAUAUAGAGCUAAUGAAAGUUGCCAACAGUUUUUUUUUCUAUCUCUAAGAUCAUAUUUGAUUAUCUUCCACCUUAAAGGUGCAUCAUAUCCAAAUAAUUUCUUUGUUUUUCUUCAGUUUCUUGCUCUUAACAAGUUGGAUAGUGAAUCAAGUUAAAUUUAAUGUAUGAAGCAAACGUUUAAUUCCAGUGACUUAGUGAAUGAAACAUUUUUUAAUAUUUAUUAAUUUACUUGGCCUAUUACUAAUGCACUUAACAUAAUUAAAAGAUCUAUACAAAUACAUUGUUGAGAUUUUCCAUGAAAAUAAGAGACUAAUCAUAAUUCUUUUGAAUUUAGUUUGUUACUUAAUUAAACUAUCCUGUUAGGAAUUUAUGAUGUUUUUCUCUUUUUUAAAAGAAAUUUUAUCAAGCAACAGACUUGUUCCAGUAGUAUCAAAUUCUAAGCAAAUUAUGAUGAAACUCUUAUUGUCAUUCAGGUUCAGAUCAGUAAAUGGUGUAAUUUGAGUUUUUUUAUUUGCUUGGUGGCCUAAUUUACUGUGUUCUACACAGACUCAUGGGAAAUUUUCAAUAUGCUUGAAAUAAAUAGCAUUUUAAUAUAAACACAGGAAAUGACUGUACAUAAAUACCAAUCAGUGAUUUGAGGCCUUCCCAUCUUUCAGUGGUAGCCUUUUGUUUUUUAAGAGCCUUAGUUAUUUAAAAUUCAGAAGCACCAAAUGUCACUGCUGUCACUGACUUUUUUGCUUCCUGGUUAUUUGUAAUUCAGAAUGCUUUGUACUCAGAAGAGUCAUUUUCAGGUUUAUCUUGUUUUGCCAUGUUCAUGCCUUGACCAUUUGCCCUGCUAUUUAUAACACCCAAUUUUUGGUUGUAUGAUGAGUGGUAAAACUCAAACAUAACUAAUAAUUUGCCUUAUUUUGAUUAAUAAGUUCUGUCGAAGAUUUGGGGCAGUAAGAGGCUUCCCCCCCUACAGUAUUUUUUAAACUUUUCCAAUGAGCUAGAAAACACCUUAGUAUGUUAAGAGGUGGAGUUGUAUCAAUUACGGCCCCAGCUCACAGCCUUAUACUCAUGUCUUAAGUAUCUAUUGUUCUGUGAAUUGCUGUUAGUUCCACAUUUGACACUGUAGUGACCCACCAAAGUGUAGCCUUUGCAAAAAGUAUGUUGUUAGGUAUAUUCUUAUUUCUGAUUGACUGUUGAUAAUUUCACAUUUCAUUCUUUGUCAUUGUAAUCCAAAAAUGAAAUCCACAUAGGACUCGAAAUUUCUCAUUUACAAGAGGAGUCAGUACAAAUUUAGCAACGUUGGCAUCCAGGCAUGUUUCCAUGCUUACCAAGUUUACCAGCCAUUUACUGUGUGUUAGAUUGGUGGAUUUUCUGUUUUUCUGAGGUGAAUGAGUUGGUAGGGAACCUCAGUAAGAAAGUUUUACUAAAGUUACAAAAAUAUAAAGUCCAAGAAAUCACCAGAAUAUUUUUAAUUUCUUUGAAAUCUUAUAUUGUAUUUCCUUUUGAUAUCACUUAUUCAUUUUAAUUUUAUGACUGCCAACUUGUUAUGGUAUUAAUUAUAUGUAUAUCUUUAUAUGUAUGCAUAUAUUAUAUGUAUAUGAAGAAUAAAGUUAAGAUUUGGUCAAAUUAUAUUUUCCCAUUCAAGUACAAAAAUGUUUUCAAGGCUGCAAAAAAGUGUACAGUUGUUAAACAAGUUGUAAAUAAAGACUUGUAUAAAAAUUCA